UAUAGAAAUCAUUUCGUUGCGAUGGCGGGAAGGUUUGUUUACAAAUGGCGUUUCAUUAAUUCAUCAUGGCAAUCUGAUAAUGUAAAAUACGUAUACAUAUAAAGGAGAUAAUGAUGGAGAAGUCAAAGGAAAAUUUCUUAGAAAAAUCUGCUGAAAAAUUAACGAAAAAUGUACAGAAUAUGGCCAAUUAUCGAAGUCUUUAUAAUGAAAUUCAAAGACUCGUUGCUUCGACUGUUGUAAAAAAAAACGAUUUUGAAAAUACUCUGAUCGAUGCUCUCAAAGUAAAUGGAUUAGAAACACAACUUAGAAAUACUGUGUUUCAUUGGGCACGAUCGCAGGAUUCAUUAAGAUCAAAGCCAAUACAUCUCACUGAAAAUGCUGAUUUGAUUUACUUGAAAAAAGUUCAAAUUCAAUGGGAACGUCGUAUUCAAAAAUCUUUAAAUUCCAUGUGCAGUGAAUUGAAUGUUCCAUUAGCUCGUAUAAGACCCAAUGCAGAUAGAGAGGAACUUGGUGAAAAAUGGAACGAACUUAGUACUUACGAUAUCGAUUUGUCUCAAUAUAGGCCAUUAUAUGCUCCAAAAGAUUUUUUAGAAGUAUUGUUUUCUAUACGAGAUCCAGCCUUUAAGAAACAUCCCGAGGAAUUAAAUUGGGAUUUUAGUCAUAUACAAAUUCGUGUAAGAACACUCGCAGAACUGAGAUGUUUGUACGUUGAAUUAGCUCAAGGCAUGCCUUUGCUCGGUGUUAAUCCUGAUAUGCCUGCUGCAGGAAAUUUUAUAAAUUUAGAAGCUGAAAGAACUCAUCUCGGUGAAAAAGUAUUAAGUACAAAUUAUGCGCCAAUCGCUCAAGAAUUUUUAAAAAGAGGAGCACCACGUGCUUUAAGAGGACGUCUCUGGUCUCUCGUUUUAGGAUCAACCAUUAAAGACAACGACAUCGAAUAUUACGACGAAUUGAAAACUAUGGUCUUACAAUAUGAUAUCGUUGUUGAUAAAUUAAUUAUAAAGGAUGUACAAUUAACAGCAAGUAACGAUGAUCAAUAUUUCGUUUUUGAAGAUGUUCUUUAUAAAACAAUGCUGUGUUUUUCAAGGGACUCGGAAGUAUUAACUCCGGUUACUACCGACAGAAGUGCAGGUGGUCAAGUGAUACAUGCGGUUUUACAAGGGAAACCUGCAACCCUAGAAAAUACUUUAGUAUUCCCUCCAAGUGGUGUUAUACCAUUCCAUGGAUUUACGAUGUAUGCCACUCCUUUCUGUUAUUUGUACGAUGACCCAUGCAUCAUGUAUUAUACUUUUCGAGCAUUUUAUCUACGUUAUUGGUUUCGUCUUCACACAGUUUCGAGUCAUGAGCAAGGUAUAGUUGCAUUAUGUUUAUUAUUUGAAAGAUUAUUACAAUGUCAUGAACCACUGUUAUGGGCCCAUUUUAAGAACAUACAUCUACAACCAAUUAAAAUAGUAUUCAAGUGGUUGAUGAGAGGUUUCAGUGGUCAUUUACCACCCGAGCAAUUAUUAUGUUUAUGGGAUUUAGUAUUAGGAUAUGAUUCUUUAGAAAUAAUAGCUCUUCUUGCAGUGACGAUUUUAAGUUUUAGAAAAGAAAAUUUGAUGCAGGUCAAUAAUCAGCACAACGUAGAAGCAAUUUUAGCGGAUUUAUCAUCAUUAAAAGUAAUACCGUUGUUGCAAUUAGUCUUAUUGAAAGAAUAAUUAGAUCGUUCUUAUUGAAAUCGAAGAAAAAAUAAUAUCA